AUGGAGGCAAGUGAGAUCAGCAUUCCGACGCCGAUUCUCUGGAGCAUGGUAAGACCUGAAGGUAUCCCUGUGAAGGCUCUAGCGAUGGGGACGAGGAUUCGGUCGUAG